CGGCAGACGAGCCGGCUGUUUGACCCUAUUUAUUGCAGCGAGGCUGAGCAGCACGAUCAGAAAGAGACACCGGACCUGAAGAAACACCGAGUCUUUCUGCAAAUAUCUGAGUUACAGGCAAAGGCGAACUUUUGAACAUCCUCAUUGGAAAAUCUUCACUGGGAUUCUCAGAUCAUCCUGAGAGAAUUUGUUAUUCUUCGAAAAGAAACUUAGUCCAACAAUCCAUCUUGACCAUGGUGCUGUGUGAUGACGGAGAGUGUAGCGUCUGCCUCUUCCCAUACUCACGCAUGGACAGGAUACCUCGGAUGCUCCACUGCAGGCACUCUUUCUGUGACCCGUGCCUGGAGACAAUAUCACAGUUCAGAGGUGAGCUCCUGACGGUGCCCUGCCCCUUGUGUCGCAGGGUGACCUGCAUUGGCCGUGGCCUCAGCCUGCAGGAAGCCCUGUGGGUCAACAGCAAGCUGUGGGAGCAGAUACCUGAGGACAUGAGUGCAGAGCCAGAAGAAGAGGAGGAGGAGGAAGGUGAUGGAGCAAAACAAAAAGUUGAAGAGGAGAGAAUGGGGGCUAAACAGCGGCCCUCAUCACAAGCAGAAUGUGCUUCCUCGAGGUCUUCCAGAACCAAGCUCAGGUUGCCUGCCUUCUUCAGGAAAUUCAGUUUGACAAAGCAACACCGACAGAGCAUCGUCCCCGGCAGCGAUGUGGAAAUGAAAUCCUGGCGCCGACUCUCAACUGAUGAAACAUUUUAAUAGAAGCGAGCAGCGUUAGCCCUGGAACGAUGUGACGACUUGUACUUCUCAGGAUCUUCCGGGAGACAAGACUCAACUUUGUGUGUCGACAAGGAGAGCUGAGUCCACUGGGGAGCAAAAAUCCAUUUGUGUUCCUGUCAAAGACUUUGUUUUGUCCCCAGCCAAAGGUAUCCCCAUUAUUUAUUCCCCCAGCUGGUGCUGUGGGAUUUAGUUCAGCUGCCUCAGAGGGACUAACACCCCAAGACCCUGAACAGAUGGCCUCCUUCUCAUUAUACCUGCUUAAUGCUGAACAUAAUAUAUUGUUGUUUUUAUUUAUGAUAGCAUGUUGACUAAAGUACUUUAUAAAGCUAUUUUUAAAUAUUUUUUGUUGUUUUUCUAUUUUAAUUGCUUGUGUUGAUGCGGCUAAAGGAGAUGACUCAUCUGAAACAGUCAUGAGCUUCAAGCAGACAUGACACUCGCCUACUUUACUGUGGACAUCUUUUAUGAAACAUGAAGUAUUUAAAUAACUGAAAAAAGUGAAGCCGCUUGGGGAUUUCUGAAUGAGAUAAUGUGAAUAUUACAUCUGCGGGACCUGACAUACAACAAAAAAGCUGCCACAAAAGACUCACUCAAGCAUGAAAGUGGAUUAUAAUCUCCAUUCAUCAAGCAUCUGGCAAAUAUUCCACAUGCGAUAUCAGAAAACUGGAUGGCUGUCAUAGAAAUGGUCUCUGCUCUGUCACCUUAUGUGCUUCUGUUAGAGAAAGUAGAAUUAAACUCAAAUUCAAAACCA